CCCUCAUUCUCUCACCGCCACUCCUUUUUGAAACCUCAUUUCUUACGGAGGCCAGACCUUCACUCACUACCCCUCCAACAUCUCUCUCUCCUCUCUCCACAGCAAUUGUUUGUUUGUCUGUGAAUGUGGAGCUUCCAACUCUUCAUAUUAGAGAAACUUAGAAAAUCUGGAUGAAGAGAUUAUGGAUUUAAAACCGCUGUACGAGGGUGUUUAUCAUAUACUGGAGUAACUGUUUAUAGAAGAGCAUUUGAGAGUGUCAAUUGUAGUGUACAUUAACUACUUCUGGAUUUCAAUCCUCAUGGCUGAACACACUCAUCGCCUUACUGAUGCAAAAAUGGGAAAACCUAGCCAAUUUUACCAGCCUUCGUGGAUGUCUCAUUGGGUUCAACAAAGAAAUAACUUGAAACCACAGGUUCAUAAUUGCGUUGUUGGCAAUGAUGAGAGCAGGUUAACUGAUUGGGAUUCCAAUCAGGCUUCAACAUUGUCCGUAGACAAGGGUGCAUGUGAUAUUCCUGAAUACAAGAAUACUUGGAGGUACAAAAGAGACAUUGAUGUAGCUUCUGAUGUUCCUCAAUCACUUAAUGAAUAUGGAGGUGCAAGUAAAACUAGAAGACUUGCACAUGUGAAAAUGUUUGUGAACACGGGAAACUUAAACAGCGCAAGAUCAGAAUUAAGGCCCUUUCCAGUAUCCAACUUCAACCAGAAAAUGACGAAUGUAUUGGCUCUAAAGAAAGAGCAAUCUGUUAGAGAAAGUUAUACAUCUGGGUUUCAAACAAAUGACUACUCUGAUCAUGGUUGUGACCAUCUUUUUCCCUCAACAAUGCUUGAAGUUCCUAAUUUGCCAGACUUACCACCAAAAGUGUAUCGUUCUCCUCAAGAACCACUACAAGGCUGCAAGCACUCCGUAAAUCAGCCUAUUUCGAGGCCUUCCCAAGAAGAUCUUCCGAGUCCGAAUUUCAGUUUAAUGCAGCAUGGGUUCGAACUAGGUGAAACGUCAGGCCAGUCCUUUGCGCGCAGAAAGCAAGAACCUAAUGCGUCAAGCUCCUACAUACAAUCCAGAGAACACAAAGGAAAUGCUAAACUUUCUCAUCCCGAACAGGUUUGCAAUUACCAUGGUGGUUCUAUGGCUUUGUUGUCUGAUAAUUCGAACGAUAAGCAGUAUGUGUCUCAAAGUUCUGGUAAUAUAUACUCUAGACAGAAUAAUGCUUCUCAUCCACCGCAUGAUCAUUCAACUAGGGAUUUUCCCUCCCCCAGUUUUGGUGGAAAGCAAGUUGGACAGAAUACUGGUUUUUCUAAUAUUGGAUUCUUGCCAGAGUCUUUUAAGUCAUUCCACCAUUUGUUGGUUGCAAAGACUGAUUUCCACUUGUAUAAGAAAGAUUUGAUGGUAACGGAGUCAUCGGCAGUGUCCACUGAAUACCAAGGAAACACAUUAACUGAGCUAAAAAAUAAAGAUGUUGGAGAUAGGAAAUCUGGUUCUUUGAGCAUAAAGAAUGAAUCAUCAGCUGAGACAGAAACCAUGGAUAUUGAAACUCAUCAAAAGCGCAACUACUUUAUGGGCAUGGCUUCACCACCAGCAAACAAGGAAUUCACUGUGGGUUCAAAUCCGGCGCAGUUUUCUCCAUCAAAAGACAAAGCUGGAAGAAGAAUGAUAGAAAUGAAGUUACUUGAUUUAAACCAGAAGCCUGCAUCCUUUUUAACAUCAGCAAGGUCAAUGGAGAACAUGGAUUCGAGCACAUCCAGAACUGAGAGUUUUGAUGCGGAACUUAUCCCCUUCCAUGUUCCAAAACAUGACAACUGGCACACCAAUCUGAAAGAAGAUAGCAUGUAUGUAGGUCUGGAUCCAAGCAGCCAACAAGCAAAGCGUCUCAAACUAACUCCUUCAGAUUUAAUUGGUCAUGGUACCACCAAUUUUAGAAAUGUAGAUGCUCCAUCUAUUGCAAAAGUUGGUAAGCAAUUGAAACAGAGUUCGAACUCCAGUGAAACUAUCAAGGAACAAUCCAUGUCCGGUAAAAGUUUUACUAAAGAAGAUAUGGAGAUGGGUAAAACCGUGUUGUCAGGAAAUGGGGUACCCGCUUCUAAGAACCUAGCGAAGGGACGGUGGGAUAUAAUGCAGUCAAAUCCAUGGUUUAGGAGAUGGCGUCAUAAUGUAACUGCAGCAUCUUUGGCCAAGUCAACAGAACCAGUGAAUGGUAAGCCACAAUGUUCAAAGAAAUCUCUAGAUGAGUUUCAGACGAAGCAGCUACCAAGCAUUGCGGCUAUGGCAUUGUUGGGGAAAGCAAUGACUGGUGUCCAGGAAUGUGAAUUCACAGAUAGGGGAUCUUUUGUAGUCUGGAGUACAGGGGAGUAGAGGGGAAAACAUGCUAACUAGGGUCUGCAUAAAUCAAAGGUAGCAUAACUAAAAGUGCACUCCCACGGAAAAUUGCCUUACAGUCAAAGAUAAAAUAUGAUCUUAUGUUUUUCGAAAAGACACCAUUAAGUGUCUCGAACAAUUUUUGCGUUCUCUACAUGACACCCAGACUGCUCCAAAGCAGAUUGAAAAAAAUCCAGCUCCAUUUAUUGUCGAGUCCACAGAUGGGGGGAGAACUGAAUGAUGAUAUCUCUAAGCGUCACAACACCCUGUUACACGUGAACUAUCAUCCACUAGAAAGCUGCGGUUGCUUUUCGAAUCUACCAACACUUUAAUUGCUGCUUCAGCGUGACAGU